GUAAUGUAAUCCGCAGGUGAAAGGGGCUUGUCUGUUUGAAUGCAAAGAGCGGAAAUGUUCUUUGACUGGAGUAGCAUUUCUCGUGUGUCCGAAAGGUCUUAAGUGGGAAAAACUGUGAAAAUGAGCCAACUGGAGGAGCUAAAGUUGUUUGUGGCUGGGCGACUGCGAACUGCUACAUCCGAAAUCCUUGCUGUUAUCGACAAAACUAUAGAGGUGUACGAGCAAGAGGUCACCCGGUUGAAGGAGGAAAACAAGCGCCACUCGUCUCUGUUGGAGAUUAUCCUGAAGAAAAAGUUGCCAAAGAAACGAGGUUGUCAUCUAACCAACACUACCACUAUAGAGGUUGCUGCAAAGCUUGCCGCUGACUGCAGUGUCGCUCCUGCUGUUAAGGAAGAAAAUUCUCCUUCUGGCCCAUCUGCUCUAGACUCGGGAGUUAACAGCAAGACCCAAACAUCUACCUUUAGCGCCACUGUUGGGCAACAGACUGUCUUCAUCUCCAAGGAGCGCCUUCUCAGGUUUUCAACCAUGGAGAACUGUUUCUUCUGUUUCAAGCAAGUGCCCGCCUCAAAGCACCACCUGUUGAAAAGACAUUAUGAUAUAGCCGUCCAUUUUAUUCAGGACGACAUCGAAAGAUUUGUGAUCCCAUGUAUGUGUUCAGACAAAAUUCAGGAAAGAAGUCACUGGCACUGUCCGUGCUGCAAGAAGGUCCUUAAUCGGCGAUGCAUCUUUAAAGUCCACCUAUCAAAACAACAUUGUUAUACUGUUCUGCAGACAAGCCAAGUGUCAGGGAAUCUUCGUCUGCCUUACACUGUCAUGUUUGAAGAAGAAUCUUCGGGCCUCGAAGACUCUGAGGAAGACGAGGAAGAGCUCAGCAGUCCGGAACAGCAGCAGGAGGAAACGGCUUCACCUCUGCUUCAAAUGAAAGAAAAAGCAGCAGGCCAACUUCCAAAUGUGGUGGAUGCCCAACAUUCUGGUAGAAGUCAACCACAGCAACACUGUCUAUACCCAAAUCAAGACCGUGGCACGGACAUCUGGUUCAACACUCGCAUUCAAGACGGAAAGGAAGUUAUUAUAGUGGAAAGUCGUCAGAAUAGUGGCUUAGGUAAAGGACUGGAUUCAGCUGGCAAAAUGCAGCACCCACAUGAAACCGGUGUGGUAACGAAGGGCAAAUCCUGCAGCAAUACCAAGGAAUCUGUCCCGACCAAAGCAGCGUCCUCAAGUUCAGAUGAUCUUAGUCCACCAAGCAAAAAGCAUGCAAAAAAUCAAUUAGCAGACCUAAAUCUGAGUACAGUGAAAACAAAGUUAUCUGCCACUCAGAAACGUGUUGGGUCGUAUUACUGCAAGGCAUGUGGAGAAAUGUUCCAUUACUUCCACAAGCUAAAGACGCACAUGCAGAAACACGCAGGGGACAAAAUCUGUAUUUGUGGGGUUUGUGGGAAAAGUCUGACGCGCAGUGAAAGUCUACAUGAACACUUGCAGAACCACAACGCCGAGAACGUUUGUGGGACGUGUGGCAAGCAGUUUUCAAGCCAGUCUCGCUUGCAGCAGCAUAAGGCUUUUCAUAAAUCAAAGACUAAAUACAAAGUCUACAAUAUGAUCACACCUGGAUUCACGCAGGGGUUUGAAAAGUCUUAAAAUGUGAAAAUCUUGCCUAACUGGAAAUCCUUAAAACUGAAAUUGGUGCUAAAGGGGAUGAGCUCAGACUUAAGUAGGAUAAGGUUGUGUAUGUAGAUGAGUGUUUUGUUGAGAAGAUUACUUGGGUUAAGAUAGCUGUUUUGAUUUAAUGUAGAGCUAAAUUGAUCAUUUUCAGCGAAUAAACACGAAUCGUUAAAUUGAUAACAAUAAAAGCUUUGUUAAAAUGUUAA